CUCGUUAUAUCGCAUUAUUUCUAGGUCUGAGUUUGCGAUUAAUUAAAAACCAGCUGUUUUGGAAGUUAGUAGAAUGAGCUGUUUCUGAAAAUAACAAUAAUACAACACUUGUUAUAUACAAGAAGGAAAGAAAUUUAGAAGGAAAGAAAAAAGAUAAAAUACAGUCGUUUCGUAUUUAUAUUGGAAUGUAUUAUUUAGAGAGAAUAUCACGUUCUAAGCUGUAAAUUCAACAUUUCAUCUAAACGUUUGAAUGAAUCUUUUCGUGAAAAGAUUGUUUUAUUUCAAGAUUAUAACUUAUCAGUAAUCAUGAAUUCUGUCGAGUUAAAGACAACCUACGAAUCUGCUUACGUACUUUUUAAUAAACAAUGUUUUAGAUUGAUAAGAAUAUCAAUGUAAAGAAUUACGUUUUAAAAAGUCACAGAUUGCAAUAGUGGUACUGAUUUACUUAAUGAAUGAACUUUAAAAAUGGGCAGGAUAAUUAUUACGGAUUUGUACUCGUAUCUACAGAAAUUUUCAAUAAUUUGACACAACUAAAAUACAUGUAGUAUAUAAUUGUGAAUGCUGACAAAUGGAAAUAAAAUUAUGUUGACUACAGUAUUUUAGCUGAAUAAUAAAAUUGCUUACUUUUAUUAUAUAUCAUGGUUCGGCAAAGAUUUCCAAACAUUAAUGGUCUUAGAAAUGGUAAGCAUUUUGUAUUAACUCUUGUUACGGGUGUAGUUUUUGGAUUUAUCUCAGCGUGCCUUUUAAUAACAUCUACAAGAAAUGUGCCAUAUAUAUAUAAUUGGUUUUCUGAUAGUUUUAUGCUUUCAAGAGAUCCACAUCAUUACUCAGAAUUGGAGUCAGAGGUUGGACCUGAAAUAGAAGUAAAAUUUCAUGGUAAAGAUGAAGAUUUUCAUAAAGAUGAAGAUAAAGUUGCACAAGAACUUGCAAAAAAAGUACGUGUCCUCUGUUGGAUCAUGACUGGUCCAAAAAAUCACCAAAGUAAAGCACAACAUGUGAAAGCAACAUGGGGAAAACGAUGCAAUGUUCUUUUGUUUAUGAGCUCUGCUGAAGAUGCAAAUUUACCUACAGUUGUCCUGCCAGUAAAAGAAGGAAGAGAGAAUUUAUGGGCAAAAACCAAAGAAGCUUUCAGAUAUGCUUAUGAAAAGUACAAAGAUGAGGUUGAUUGGUUUAUGAAGGCUGAUGAUGAUACAUAUGUGGUGGUAGAAAAUCUACGAUAUAUGCUGUCAUCUUAUGAUCCAAAUUCGCCAUUAUAUUUUGGCUGUAGAUUUAAGCCAUUUGUGAAACAGGGAUACAUGAGCGGUGGUGCAGGAUAUGUACUUAGCAAAGAAGGUUUACGGAAGUUCGUAGAGGAAGCUUUACCUGAUAAAACAAAGUGUCGGUCAGAUAAUGGAGGUGCAGAAGAUGUGGAAAUGGGAAAGUGUUUAGAAAAAGUAAAUGUCAAAGCAAUGGACACUCGGGAUCCACAUGGUCGCGGAAGAUUUUUCCCUUUUGUACCAGAGCAUCAUUUAAUUCCUAAUCAUGUAGAUAAGAAUUUCUGGUAUUGGAAGUAUAUUUAUUACGAUACCAAAGAUGGUCUAAAUUGUUGUUCCGAUAGCGCGAUUUCGUUUCAUUACGUAUCGCCUAAUAUGAUGUAUGUUCUCGAGUACUUAAUUUAUCACUUAAGGCCGUACGGUAUUACGCACGGUAUAGAAAAACUUACAACACAUCAGUCAACCACUGUAUUGACUGAAUACUAGUCUAUGUACUAUUCUUAAUUGAAAUAUGAAAAAAAAUUUCUAAACAAAUAUUAUUAAAAUUAGAAAAAAAAUAUUUUAAAUCUUAAUAAAUAAACAAAAAUUGAAAAAUUUUGCAACAUUAAACUGGUUUGUCAUUAAGUUUGUUAUUUUCUGUGUAAAUUAAUGAUUGUAAAAAUUAUUUAUGAUAGAUUUUUGUUUAAUUAUUUAAGAAUUUGGAAAUUCUAAGUACUGCACUUUUAAAUUUGUCAUUGACUUAAUUAAGCGAUAUUAAUUGUUUUCUUAUUUUAUUUCCAAUGAGUAUAACUAGUCCAUUCAGGCCAACGAAUUAGAUGUUAAUAUAUUCACUGAAAGAUAAAAUUUGUGGUAUAUAAUAUUUCGUAAUAUAUAUAAUGUUUAUACAUACCUAUAUAUGUAAUGAUGAAAACUUUACUAUUUCAUUGUAUGAGCGUGACAGGGUGUAUACUGUUUUACAAAUAAAUGUUACAAGCAUAUUAGAAACAUUAUUAA